AUGUCCACUGGACGCACCUACACCCGCACUGACAAGUACUAUGACUGGCAUCGUACAGACGAAGGAAAAGGCAAAAAAGGCGAUAAAGGCAAAGACAAACAAUCCGAGGCAAAAGAUGAAAACCAGCCCACAGCAAGAGGCAAAUAUUGCUAUGCAAAGGUCACAGCGAAUGUCUCGCGCUAUGACAGCUACCCAAUGUUCUAUCAAGCCUGUGGAGCCCUUAUUGCGGAAGGAAAGUGGGAUAUCGUUUACCGUGAACAACUAGGGUCCUUUGAUGAAACCCUCGAGGAAAAUAAAUGUAUCAUGGGUGUUCUCGUAAAUUCAACUGGGCUUCCGCCAACUGAAGCGGAUAUAUUGACAAGCUUUUGGGAAAUGCUUCGAAUGGCUCAUGAAGAUCUGAUGAAAAUGAACAAUCGGAAGUGGGACGCACUUGAGAAGCUAUUCGAUGCCGCUGUAAAGCGUGGUUUUCCGGCGGUUCAACGUGCUCUCCUUGAAGAAUUCGAUAAUCUUUACAAAAUCGAUAGUCCUACUAGUUCUGACCUUCUCUAA